CCUUAUUCAGUGGAUUUACAUAAGGCUCCCAUCAGCCGGCCCACUCAUUACCACGUUUUAUACCCCCCUGCACUCAGAAAGCAUCAUGACAAAGUAGCUCCAUCCUGCUCUGCAACAGGGAAGUGAAGCAGCUUCUCGGAGCAGGUGUCUGAAGCGGUAAACUCCCCACAACACUGGAGCGGAGAGCAAGGAAGGAACUUUAUUUUGACUUUUUUUUUUAAUUAUUAUAUCCCUCUAUAUCCUUCGUUUUUCCCCCUCUGCUGCAGCGCGCACACAGCAGGCCUAUGUUGUGUUUUUAAUGUUCUCUAAAAUGGUAUCCAAGCUGACAUCCCUGCAGCAGGAGCUCCUCAGCGCCCUGCUGGACUCAGGGGUUACCAAAGAUGUUCUGAUCCAGGCCCUGGAUGAUAUGGACCUCAACGCGCCGGUCUUUGGAGUAAAACUGGAGAACAUAUCCAUGUCACCCGCUCCUCCUCACAGCGGCAAGAUGAACGGGGCGGACGCCGACUCCAAGCCCGUCUUCCACACGCUCACCAACGGCCACAGCAAGGGCAAGCUGUCCGGGGACGAGGGCUCCGAGGACGGGGACGACUACGACACCCCGCCGAUCCUGAAGGAGCUGCAGUCGCUCAACACGGAAGAGGCCGCCGAGCAGAGGGCGGAGGUGGAUCGCAUGUUAUCAGAGGAUCCAUGGCGUGCUGCCCGCAUGAUCAAAGGUUACAUGCAACAGCACAACAUCCCCCAACGGGAGGUGGUGGACGUUACAGGACUGAACCAAUCUCACCUCUCCCAGCAUCUCAACAAAGGCACGCCCAUGAAAACACAGAAGCGAGCGGCCCUCUACACCUGGUACGUCAGGAAACAGCGGGAAAUUCUCAGACAGUUCAACCAGGCAGUGCUAGGCUCUGGCAGCAACAUGACAGACAAAGGCAAUCAGGAUCAGGUGUUUUUUUUCCCAGAGUUCAACCCGUCCGGUCAGGGCAUGGGACCGCCCGGUGAAGAGGUUGGCAGCGAACCCUCCUGCAAGAAAAUGAGACGUAACCGUUUCAAAUGGGGCCCUGCGUCCCAACAAAUCCUGUACCAGGCCUAUGAAAGGCAGAAAAACCCCAGCAAGGAGGAGAGGGAAUCAUUGGUAGAAGAGUGCAACAGAGCUGAAUGUCUUCAGAGAGGCGUCUCCCCCUCCAAAGCUCAGGGCCUCGGCUCUAAUCUGGUCACCGAAGUGCGAGUCUACAACUGGUUUGCCAACCGGCGUAAAGAGGAAGCCUUCAGGCAGAAGCUGGCCAUGGACUCCGUCAGCCUACCACCCCACAUGCGUUACAGCCAAGGCCCCGGUGAGGUCACCUCCUCCACGACCAUAAGUCACCACAGUAGCAACGGCAUGGCGACCAGCCAAUCGGUGCUUCAGCAGGUGUCUCCGGGAGGAUUGGACCACAGCCACAGUCUGCUGUCACCUGACGUCAAGAUGAUUUCAGGUUCAGGUGGAGGACUUCCUCCAGUCAGUACACUGACCAACAUCCACAAUUCCCAUCACAGCCAUCAGCAGACACAAAACCUCAUCAUGCCUCUGUCUGGAGUCAUGGCAAUAGCACAGAGUUUAAACACGUCGCAAUCCCAGCCGGUGCCGGUGAUCAACAGCGUGGCGGGCAGCCUCGCGGCACUGCAGCCGGUGCAGUUUUCCCAGCAGCUCCACAGCCCCCACCAGCAGAGCCUGAUGCAGCAGUCCCCCAGCCACAUGAGCCAGCAGCCGUUCAUGGCUACUGUCACACACUCCCACAUGUAUCCUCACAAACAAGAGCCCCCACAAUAUUCCCACCAGUCACGUUUCCCCUCGGCCAUGGUGGUCACAGACGCCAACAGCAUCAGCACCCUCAGCUCAAUGUCCUCAAGCAAGACGGACGGCCCCGUAAACAAGAUGGUGCAACUUGGGGGUCUCUCCUGGUGUCCUCUUCAAGCUUGGUGAGAGCGUCCACCUGACUGCCUCGGUGCCCGGCAACGGGAGCACAUUUUUCCACCCUCUCCCAGCGGUAACCAUGACAACUCUUAAUAACCAGAAACGGCGCACUGGAUGAUGAGUCAGUCAACAAAACGAGAGGAGUGGCGACAACUGUGGGCCAUGCGGUGAAAAUGGGGAUGGUAUGGGGGGGAAGGGGGUGGGGGAAACCCAUUGCACCUGAAAGUGAGGAGACUGGAUUCCCCUUCCGCCGCACACAAAUGAUCAACAAGGAUGAUUUUAACACAAUCUUUGAAACCAGUAUUCAGUUUUUUAGGUAAGAGUUUUUAUGCCCCCCUGUCAUCCUCUUAUCUGAAAUUACAAAAGGAACAAAAACCAAGCACCCAAAAAAGCGCUCAGAAACUGUUGUGAUAUGGACUUGAACGAAGGCUCUGGGACAAACUUAUGUUACACUCUGAUUUAAGGUGGAAAUAUGAAGACAACCCAAAAGUAACAGACACAAAUAUCCGCCUCUGUGGGGGCUGAAAGACUCACAACAAGUUCCUGGAUGCCUACACAAAUUACUUUGCACGUGAGCAGAACUGUGUGACAAUCCCAAUGACCCCAUUGAUCUUGUGCAUGCAUUUGACAUUCCUACUUGGCUUUAAAGGAGUCUUCCAUGUUCUUUUUUCACACUCAGUUUUACUGUGCUUGCAAAAGUGCAGGCGAUGAAUGUGAGGGAUUCAUCAUUUCAGGUUGUUCAAUGUGUAUACUGUGAUUGAAAAGACUUUGACAAUCUUGAGAGGACUAUGCAAUGCGUCAAUACGCGAUGCUAGGUAAAACUGGACUUGGCACAGAACUCCACACACUUGAGACUGGAAAUGAAUAUGCACUAUCAGUGAAGUCACCAACAAUUAUGCUUAUAUUUACUGUACUGGAAUUGCUGUUGAUAAAGCUGCCUGUAAAAUAACACAAAAGCAGAUGGAUGUAUGUGUGACAAAAAUGCCAAAGAAUACGAGUCAGCCUGCAAUGUCUACGGAGGGAGACUGAAUCACACACUUUAAUGCGGCCCUUCCCCUCCAUGUUGUUUGCACACAGGUUCAGGUGAAUUUCAGGAAUGGGUCUCGCCCUCUUCCUCCUACUUCUCCCACUUCCUGCCUCAAUGUGAAGAGAUACCAAAUAGGACAAAUAUUGUUAAUAACUCCUCAUCUUACAUCAUGGUGGCAGGACCCCCCAAGGUUAGAAUGAAAAUAUUGACAAGUAUUCAGAAACAAAACAAGUCAUGUUAGUCUGGUAUUUUGUGAAGGAGAGAAACAUGAAAGAGCGCAAUGUUGUGAUAGCAGCUGCUCUAAUCAUACAGGAAUCCACAAAGACUGAGAAAUGUUGGGGAGAGGAGCGGCUGCUGUGGGUACAGACGCCCACGCGGACAGUUUCACACCUCUUCUUAACUGGACAUGAUGCAAACUAGCCAACAUCAGAUUGUUUCACCCUGCUCCGUGUGUCGGUUAACCGGCUCAGCCCUGGCUCUUUGUGGCAAAGCUUCUGUUUUCCCUCCUGUCAACAUGGAGGAACGGAGACUCCUUUAUGAAGUUGAGAAGUGGCAUCUUAUUUAAUCCGCAGCUAAAAUGGCGUUAGUUAAAAAUAAAGAACUUACACACUUAUUUGCAGAGGGAGAAAUCAAAAAGGUAGCAAAAAAAAAGCCCAUCCCUCAUCACUUUGCGACAUUGCUCAAAAUAUAUCUGGACAAUUCUCCUCACUCCAUCUACCAGAGUUCUGUAUGUUAGGAAGAGGUGUAAAGGUAGCAGCGAACUUCCUUCUGCCUAUUUUUGACUGUUUGGGCUUAGUCUACCUAAGUAACUAUAGGCUACAGGCGUGCAGGUGUGUGUUUGUGUCCAGUUUAUGUCAUUUUCCCAUGGCCUGUUUACUUUGUGAGCAAGGUUCUGUCCGAACAAAGAUUCAGUUACAGUUAACCUGAACUUAGCUGGACAAUGAUGAGAAAGGUUGAGAUGAGGACCAAAUUUGGCAUCAAGAAUCACUAUAACCACCCAUGUUUUUAUGAGACAAAAAUGGCAUUUUGACUACUGAACCCUGCAAUCAUAAGUGUGCCAGAUCCAGUCUCCUGUUCAAUAUUAGGUCACAUUUGUUAUUAUUAUGUUGGUUGGCUUGUGACUGUUAUUAUAGGCACAUCUACUGCCAUCUGAUCAGAGGGCACUCAUACUUGUGGGACAGGACAUGAUUCUAUUUCUCCUCCUAAUGUAUUAUUUUUGUAUAAAAAUUUGAAAUCAAUCAUAAAUCAUUAUUUAUACUUUUUGAGAAAAUGUUGAUAUUUCAAGUAAAUGUUUUUUUUCAAAAUGGA